AUGGCUACCAACGGCAGCUUCGCUCAGCAGGACCAGCACAAGGCCGCUACUGAACAGUUUCCCGCUUCCAACGACAACAGCAAUCUGGCCAAGGAUGAGGUCGGCUGGUACUUUGUCGAGCAGUACUACACAACUCUGAGCAAGUCUCCCGAGAAGCUUCACCUCUUCUACAGUAAGCGCUCCCAGCUGGUUUGUGGCCAGGAGGCCGAAGUUGCCAACGUCUCCGUCGGCCGACAGGCUAUCCAAGAGCGCCUCAAGUCUCUCGAUUUCCAGGACUGCAAGGUUCGCGUUUCCAAUGUCGAUUCUCAGGCCUCCGACGAUAGCAUUGUCAUCCAGGUCAUUGGUGAGACCUCCAACAAGGGAGCUGAACCCAAAAAGUUUGUUCAAACUUUUGUCCUCGCCAAGCAGCCCUCCGGAUACUUUGUUCUCAACGACAUGCUGCGAUACAUUCUUGAGGAGGAUGAGACGGAGGUUGACGAGGCUGAGAAAGAACCUGCCGCUCCCGCUCCCGAGGCUCUCGAGAACGCUCCCGAGACCGCUCCCGAGACCGCUCCCGAACCCGUUGUCGAGGCUGCCUCCGUUGAGAAGAAGCUCAUUUCCGAGGUUGCCGAAAAGGCCACCGCCAACGGCAAGCACACCGAGCCCGAGCCCAAGGUUGAGUCUUCAGCUGCCCCUGCUGUCGAGCCCGUUGUUGAAGAGCUCGCCAAGGUAGAGAUUCAGGAGGAGGAGAAGCCCAAGGAGCCUGCCCCGACCCCCGCCAAGAUCGAGACUCCAGCUCCCGAGCCUGCUGGCCCUCCCAAGCCUAUGACUUGGGCCAGCCGUGCUGCAGCCGCUGCCGGACCCCGCCCUGUUGUUCCCCUGCCCAAGACAGCGACUCCUCCCGCCACCAACCAGAACCGUACCCCUGCUCCCGCCCCUGCGGCUGCUCCCGCCCCUACUCCUGCCGCCACCACCUCUACCGCUCCCGCCACCACCGCUGCUCCUCCUGCCGUUGAGGCGGCUCCCAAGGAAACUUCAGGCUGGCAGACUGCGGGCGUCGACUCUAAGCGCCAGAACCGACCUCAGCCUAGUUCUACCGGCGGGGCUGAGAAAGAGGGCACUAUGGGCUAUGUCAAAUAUGUGACUGACAAGGUUCUUGAUGCUGACCUUCGUGCUGCGCUUGCUGCUCAUGGCGAGCUGAGCUACUUUGACAUUAACCGCCAAAAGAACUGUGCAUUCGUCGAGUUUAAGACGCUCGAGGGAUACCAAGCUGCUGUCUUCAGCAACCCUCACAUCGUGAAUGGCGAGAAUAUUGUCGUUGAGCCUCGUCGUCCCAAGACUGCUGGCCACAACGGUAGCGCCAGCUUCGGUGCCGGUCGCGGUAAUGGCGCUUCCCGUGGCCGUGGUGGUUUCGAGGGCAACCGCAACGGUGGCCAGGGUAAUGCCCGUGGCAACUUUGGCCAGGGCCGUGGACGUGGUGGCGCUGCUCGCGGUCGUGGUGCUGCCCAGGCUGCCACCCACGCCUAA